GCGGUGGGGGUGUGUUUCUGCGUCCGCGCUUUUCGGUUCCUCUCCCCUUCCCCCCAACCCGGUAUUUGUAUAUAACUAAAUAAAUACUGUAAAAGCAGCGGCAACUUUGAAGUCGCCAUGUCGAAAGUGAUCCAAAAGAAGAACCACUGGACCACCAAGGUGCAUCAGUGCACGGUGAGCCGCAACGCUCAGGGCCAGCUUGGGGUCACCAUCCUGGGGGGAGCGGAAUACGGAGAGUUUCCUUACGUCGGGGCGACAGCGGCGGCGACGGACAGCGAAGGGGAGGCAGCGCCGGGCAGCGGCGGCGACGGGAAACUCGGCGAAGGGGAGCUUUUGUUGGAAGUGCAGGGCAUCCGAGUGUCGGGCUUGCCCCUUUACGACGUGCUGGGAGUUAUCCGGAGCUGUAAGGACCCGAUUGUUUUCAAAGCCGUCAGACAAGGAAGUCGUCUGAACAAAGAUCUGAGACAUUAUCUCAACCAGAGGUUUCAGAAAGGAUCUCCAGAUCACGAGCUGCAACAGACUAUUAGAGAUAACCUUUAUCGCCAUGCUGUGCCUUGCACAACACGUCCUCCACGAGAAGGAGAAGUGCCUGGUGUGGACUAUAACUUUCUGACUGUACAGGAGUUUCUUGAGCUUGAAAAAAGUGGCACACUUCUUGAAGUAGGAACAUAUGAAGGUAACUAUUAUGGAACACCCAAACCUCCCAGCCAACCCCUCAGUGGGAAAGUGAAUAACACUGAUGCUUUGCAAAACCUCCAGUCAGGCUCCAAGCAGUCGACCCCCAAACGAACCAAGUCUUACAAUGAUAUGCAAAAUGCUGGCAUAGUGCAUACAGAGAAUGAAGAGGAGGAUGACGUUCCUGAAAUGAACAGUAGCUUUACAGCAGACUCUGGCGAACAAGACGAGCACAAUACACACAGUACAAGAGACGCAGCUCCCUCAUCUGUGAAUAGUAACAUCACCAUUGUUCCCACCACGGAACCUUCUCAGAAGCUCCCUCAAUACCUACCUCCUUGUGCAGAGGAAAACUUGGGUCCUCUGCCUGAAAACUGGGAGAUGGCCUAUACAGAGAAUGGAGAAGUCUACUUUAUAGACCAUAACACUAAAACAACAUCUUGGCUAGACCCACGGUGCCUGAACAAACAGCAGAAACCUCUAGAAGAAUGUGAAGAUGAUGAAGGGGUACACACGGAGGAACUGGACAGUGAACUAGAACUACCUGCUGGUUGGGAAAAGAUUGAAGAUCCUGUAUAUGGUGUCUACUAUGUAGACCACAUCAACAGGAAAACACAAUAUGAGAAUCCAGUUAUGGAAGCUAAACGGAAGAAACAGCUUGAGCAGCAGCAACAGCAGCAACAGCCACCACCACAACCACAAGCACCCCCAGAAGAAUGGACGGAAGAGCACCCCCCUCUUGUGCCACUGGCUGUUUCAAAUCAUGCUCCUAGCAACCAGGAGGCAGUUCGAGAUGCGCCAGUACAAGCAGGAAAACCAUUUUUCACACGGAACCCCUCUGAACUGAAAGGAAAGUUUAUUCACACCAAACUGAGGAAAAGCAGCCGGGGGUUUGGCUUCACCGUUGUCGGCGGAGAUGAACCUGACGAAUUUCUUCAGAUAAAGAGUUUGGUUCUUGAUGGCCCUGCAGCUCUGGAUGGCAAAAUGGAAACAGGAGACGUGAUUGUCAGUGUGAAUGAGACUUGUGUCCUGGGCCACACGCAUGCUCAAGUUGUCAAAAUCUUCCAGUCCAUUCCUAUCGGUGCCAGCGUGGACCUAGAACUGUGCCGAGGCUAUCCUCUGCCUUUUGACCCAGAUGAUCCCAACACAAGCCUGGUAACAUCUGUGGCGAUUUUGGAUAAAGAGCCAAUCAUUGUGAAUGGGCAGGAAAACUACGACUCUCCGGCAAGCCACAGUAGUAAAACAGGGAAAGUGAAUGGGAUAAAGGAGGCAAGGCCUAGCAGUCCUGCAGAGGUGUCUUCAAAUGGAUCCCACGGCUACCCUAAUGACACCGUCUCUUUGGCUUCUUCUAUAGCAACGCAACCUGAACUCAUAACUGUGCAUAUAAUUAAAGGACCUAUGGGUUUUGGCUUUACUAUAGCAGACAGUCCUGGGGGUGGGGGACAGAGAGUGAAGCAAAUUGUUGAUAGCCCAAGAUGCCGAGGCCUAAAAGAAGGGGAUCUUAUUGUCGAAGUCAAUAAGAAGAAUGUGCAGAAUCUCACUCAUAACCAAGUUGUGGAUAUGCUGAUCGAAUGUCCUAAAGGAAGCGAGGUGACACUGCUUGUACAACGAGGAGGACUGCCAGCCCCAAAGAAGAGUCCAAAGUCGCAACCACUUGAAAGGAAAGACAGCCAAAACAGCUCUCAGCACAGUGUCUCCAGCCACCAUAGCACACACACUGCGUCCCCCGUCCACGGCACUCAGGGGCUUCCUGACUACCCUGCUACUGAAGCACCAGCUGUGGACCAACCAGACAACACUGGGCAAAAGAAGCCAGAUCCAUUCAAAAUCUGGGCCCAGUCCAGGAGCAUGUAUGAAAGCCGACCUAUGUCACCUUCGCCUGCGACUGGACUGAGCAAGGGUGAGAGAGAGAGAGAAAUCAAUUCCACGAAUUUUGGAGAAUUUCCAGAUUAUCAAGAGCAAGAUAUCUUUCUGUGGAGGAAGGAAACUGGAUUUGGAUUUAGGAUUCUUGGUGGAAAUGAGCCUGGGGAACCAAUUUACAUCGGUCACAUUGUACCACUGGGUGCUGCAGAUGCUGAUGGUCGCUUGCGAUCUGGAGAUGAAUUGAUUUGUGUGGAUGGAACGCCAGUUGUUGGGAAAUCUCACCAGCUUGUAGUCCAGCUUAUGCAGCAGGCUGCUAAGCAAGGCCAUGUCAAUUUAACUGUCAGACGCAAAGUGGUUUACACAGCAGUUCCAAAGGCAGAGAAUGAAGUUCCCUCUCCAGCCUCAUCUCACCACAGCAGCAACCAGCCUGCUUCUCUGACAGAGGAGAAACGCACCCCACAGGGCAGCCAGAACUCCCUCAAUACGGUCAGUUCGGGCAGUGGCAGCACCAGUGGGAUUGGCAGUGGAGGAGGUGGAGGCAGCGGAGUGGUCAGCACUGUGGUGCAACCCUAUGAUGUGGAGAUACGCCGGGGAGAGAAUGAGGGUUUCGGCUUUGUCAUCGUGUCUUCCGUCAGCCGGCCAGAAGCUGGAACAACCUUUGCAGGCAAUGCAUGUGUGGCCAUGCCUCACAAAAUAGGUCGGAUUAUUGAGGGAAGCCCAGCAGACCGCUGCGGGAAGCUGAAAGUGGGGGACCGGAUAUUGGCCGUUAAUGGAUGCUCCAUCACCAACAAAUCACAUUCGGACAUCGUCAACCUAAUUAAAGAAGCAGGAAAUAUGGUUACUCUGCGCAUUAUUCCAGGGGAUGAAUCCUCCAAUGCAACUUUAUUGACCAAUGCAGAAAAAAUUGCUACAAUUACAACCACACAUACUCCACAGCAAAUGCCACAGGAGACCAGAAACAAUGCAAAACCAAAGCAGGACUCCCAGUUUGAUUUCAAGCCACCCACAACCUCACAGCCGGACCAAGAUUUUUAUACAGUUGAGCUUGAAAGAGGUGCCAAGGGGUUUGGCUUUAGCCUCCGAGGCGGACGAGAAUAUAACAUGGAUCUCUAUGUACUGCGGUUAGCAGAGGAUGGUCCUGCUGAGAGAUGUGGAAAAAUGAGGAUUGGUGAUGAAAUCCUGGAGAUCAAUGGAGAAACCACAAAGAACAUGAAGCAUGCUCGAGCCAUAGAACUAAUUAAAAAUGGUGGCCGCAAAGUUCGCCUGUUUCUCAAACGUGGAGAUGGCUCUGUACCAGAAUAUGACCCCAGCAGUGACAGGAACAGUCCAGCCACAGGUUCACAAAAUGUAUCGGAAGUGAAAAACAUGCCAUCUGACAGACGUCAACACUCAUCAUUGGAGCCCAGUUAUCCACCAGAUCUUCACAAAUCAUCACAACAUGGAGACAAGCGGAUAUAUUUUAAGGACCCAAAAGGCAGCAGAGAGUUUGGCAAACAAUCCAAUGAGCACCACACAUGGAAUGGAACUUCUAAAAACAGCAAUAGCGUAACAGGCAGAAAAAAAGACAGGUCACCAGAAGGGAGGCAAGAACGACACCCAGACCGAAUGGUGGUGAUCAAUGGACAGAAACGGAAAUCUCCUGAAAAAAGGAGGGAAGGUACUAGGAGUGCCGACAAUACUUUGGAGAGAAAGGAAAGACAUGAGAAGAGGAGAGAAUUUUCUCCAGAGAGACGAAGAGAAAGGUCACCAACGCGCAGGAGGGAUGGCUCUCCUAGCAGGAGGAGGCGGUCGCUUGAAAGGUUGAUGGAUCCAAGGAGGUCACCAGACAGGAAGAGAGAGAGCUCCCCCCCUGAAAGGAGGGCAAAGUCAACUGACAGGCGAAGAGAGAGGACCCCUGAACGAAGGAGAGAGAGAUCUCCUGAGAAAAGAAACAGAGAUGAUAGAGUUUGUUUCCGGGAAAAAGAGGAGCGCACUCUGAAAUAUGACACUCAUAAAAAUAACAGGCACCCAACUGAACAAAGACGGCGACUGUAUAAAGAGUGUAGUACCGACCUCAGUAUCUAGUGGCUUCUGUAUGUCCACGAUACAAUUGCGGCCUUUCCAGCAUUCAGAGUUCCCAAGAAGGAAGGUAGCAAACCUGAAAUCCAUGUUAGUUCUUCACAUCAAAAGCAGCAAUGUGGAUGAAAUCUAAUAAUGAAACAUAGAAACACAGAAACAGAGCAAGUCAGAAGGGGCCUCCCGGGCCAUCUAGCUUGCCCCCUUCCCCGGCCCCAGCUGGCUCUGCUCACGACAUGCCCACCAUGUGCAUGUCCAGCCUA